UUCUUCAAUUUUGUGGACAAUACGAUGCACGAGACGAGACGAGACAAUCUGAAGUGGCUCAAAUUCUGCAAAAACUCAACUCUGUAUUCGGAAUAGAACUUAACCUCUUUAUUAACAUGGAGAGUACCGAUGGAGAAGCAAUGCCGUUACAGUUGGAUACGCCCAAAAUGCUAAUUCAACUAUCGAAUAACAGCAAUCCAGAUUUUAAACUUCUUGGAAGAUUUACCGAAAAAACGUUAAUCAUAGUUUACAUACAGGCCUAUCCACUCGACCCUCGGCUCAUGAACUUUUUGCCACGCCUUUUGUGGGAGCUUCAUGAACUUAACAUUAUUUUUAUAACUAAGGAAGAUCCCAGCAACUGGCAGAAUGAUCUCUACAGCUACUGCUUUUAUAACGGAUUCAUCAAUGUGCUUCUCAUUCAGAAACUACGACCCGAGAUUCUGUUAUACAGCUACAAUCCAUAUCCAACAAUGCGCACAUUGCGAUUACCGCUGCUAGAGGACUACCUCAAUAGGUGGCGCCAACUAUUGAAUCUUCAACAAUAUCCGGUGCGGACACUUUUAUUCUCGGUUGAGCCCCGCAUUUUUCAAUACAUAAAUCGAAAAGGUGAGCGGAUCCAAAGUGGCUACUUGUACAAUGUGCUCAAGGAGUUUACGGACCGGCACAAUUCUUCGAUACAAAUAGUGAAGGAAAUUGACGUUGAUGAAUUGUACGAUACUGGUAUUUCUCUAUAUAUAAACCGUAGCAUUGAUAUUGUUUGUUAUAUCAAACACUCCCAUUUAAACAUUACAUCCACUAAACCUCUCCAUCUCGUUCCAUUACGUUUAGCAGUGCCCCAUAGCAAGCCAAUUGCGAGCUAUUUGUACUUUGUGCGCCCUUUCACUUGGACUCUGUGGCUUGCAGUGAUUGCAGCUAUUGGGUACGGAAUGCUGAUGCUUUAUGGUAGUAACAGAAAUAGACGCACAGAGAUUGGCAAACAUUUUCUAAGCAGUUGGUGCAAUUUGCUGUUUAUCUCACAACCAAGGAUCAUCUUUGCCAACUGGCAACAGGUUGUCAUCCACUAUAUAAUGCUCCUAAGUGGAUUCAUACUGACGAAUUUCUAUCUGGCAUUGCUUUCAAGCAUGCUAACAUCGGGUUUGUUUGAGGAGGAUUACAACACAUUCCAGGAUUUGGAACGUUCUCCUUACACAUUGUUAACUGACAGUUAUUAUGCUAGUUUUAUGAAUGAGUCAUCUUACAUGCCAGAAAUCAUCAAGCAACGCAUUAACGUAGCUGACUCGAAUGUCCUUGAAACGGCACGUGUUACUAUGAACACAAGCUACAUGUAUACUCGAUAUGAAGAUCGCUUAGAUGGCUUUCUAUUUCAGCAGCACCUUCUGAAAGUUCCCCUCUUCAAGGUGAUACCGAAAAGUCUUUGGGAUGGCUUCAUGUCCUUUCCAGUGGUCAACGGAUUGCCCUACUUAAAUAUUAUGAAUACUUAUCUAAGUCGUAUAUUUGAGCACGGCAUUUUGUCGAAGAUUAAGACCGAUACAUAUCUCGACGCAAUCGAGGGUGGCAUUACGAAAUUUAUUGCAAGUGACGGGAUUGAGCGGAAACCAUUCUCUGUGGAAUUUUAUUACUAUGCAUUUGCAUUAUGGGGCGUAGGCCUAAUACUAGCCUCACUCUGCUUUUUCCUGGAGUUACUGAGACAUCGCAUGACUAAUCAAAUUCAAAUGUAAUGUUAAU